UCUCAGGAAGAGAACCUCAUCAUUCCCCUCUCCAAACUCUCACUCACCCCUCACCUGAUCAACAUUCGAAAUAAUCUUUGGGAACAGAUACUCGAUCGAGACUCUUAAAAUCGUAGUAGAAAACCUCACAUCACCAUUGCACAUCCUCAUCUCAUCUAGCCUUCCGUUUUCCCUGAAUACCUAUCAGAAAAUGGAGAACAGCGAAUUCAAAGAUGAGAUAAUGGACAUUGACCAUGGAGAAACCCCUGAUUCCUUUUGUUGCUCCGUUUGCCUGGAUCUAUUAUACAAGCCCAUUGUACUAUCUUGUGGUCACAUGUGCUGUUUCUGGUGUGUCUAUAAAUCAAUGAAUUGUCUACGAGAGUCUCAGUGUCCAAUAUGUAGGCACCAAUACUAUCACUUUCCAACAGUCUGCCAAAUGCUUCACUUUUUGCUUCUUAAGGUCUAUCCUGUUGCGUACACCAGAAGGAUAAAUCAAACUCUUGAGGAAGAAAAGAAAUCGGGCUUCUAUUCCCCUGAAUUUGAUCCUGAUACAUGUGAAUCCCAAGCUAAAUUUGGUCAUUCUGGUAGCCCUUCUUCCUCCUCUAUUACACAUCUCGUGCCCAGCUUAUGCAACGUGGGAACUUCUGAAGGUAUGGAACAAUCAAAGUCCACCAACCAUGAAGGAGACGAUGGCACCAUCCAUUCUAAACGCUCUUCCAUUGGAGAAGCUGAAAUUAUUGGGACUCCUAUUAAAGGACAAAAAUCGUCUCAGGAUGAGCUUUGCCCACCACAGAAAUUGUCAGUUGCAGAUGUGAUGUGUAUAAUGUGCAAGCAACUUCUCUGUCAACCUGUAGUCCUUAAUUGUGGCCAUGUAUACUGUGAAACUUGUGUCAUCAAGUUAGCUGAUGAGAUGCUUAGAUGCCAAGUUUGCCAAAGUCCGCAUCCAAGAGGAUUUCCAAAAGUGUGUUUGGAGUUUGAUCAGUUUCUGGAAGAACAAUUUCCUGAAGAAUAUAAAUGGCGAAGAGAUGCUAUUGAACUAAGGCAGAUCAAAGUGAAACCAGAGACCCCUUCUUCUUGUUCAUCAAACAACCAUAACAAAGGAGAAAAAAUCGAAUUUUGGUCUGAUCCUGAGUCAAAAGUUCAUAUUGGAGUUGGUUGUGAUUUUUGCGGGAUGUAUCCUAUCAUUGGAGAUAGAUAUAAAUGCGAGGACUGUAAGGAGAAGAUGGGUUUUGAUCUUUGUGGUGAUUGCUAUGACACCCGUUCCAAGCUUCCAGGCCGAUUUAAUCAACAACACACCUCAGAGCACAGAUUCAAGCUUGUACAACCCAAUGUUAUUCGUAACAUAAUGUUGAGGCUGGUCACGGGACAGUUAGGGGACAGUUCCAUUGUCAAUGAGUCUUUAGAAAAUCUGGAAUUUCCAUCUGAAGCCUCCGGUUUGUUUGAUGAUGGAGAAGAUAACCAGAAUGAUCCUGAAGCUACCAGUUGAAAAACUGAACUCACAAAAUGUCCAUAGAAUCUUCUGUUGGUGUGUGGGGGUUUUAGUUAUCUUUCUGAUCUAACAGGUUCUGAUGAUGCAAGGCUUCAAGCAAGUUUGCAAAUCAAUUGGUUGGCAAUUCUCAGUUGCUCGUGAUUUUCCUACUUCAUGCCAACUUCUAGUUCUUGGCUUUAUUUUUACUACGCUAUUGAAGGAUCUGGAUUCUCUCAUGUGGAAACUUUCACAUGUUGAAAUCCUGCAUUUCUUUCUCUCUUCAUAAAGUGAAACCCUUUGAACUUUUAUGAAGCGAGAGAUAGAUACAAUGUUUCACUUAACAUCCUAAUCCCCAAUUGAAUAUGUCUCCAGCAUGUGGCAAUGCUUGACCUAUUUCAUCAAUGUCAUUAGAUGCAGACAAUUUUGUUAGACCUUCAUGGACCUGGCAAUUUGAAGAUAUUCAGGGGAAUGUAAGGAUUUUUCAUUGUAAUAAUUCUUAUAUCAUUCUGAAUUAUAAUCCAAGGAACAUGUUUUACUUUUACUUUUGUUUAAGUGCUAAUUUCAAUCCACCAAAA